AUGCCUUCCCUGCAUCAUGGAGCAAUCUUCACCGGAGCCUUCCUCAUUGUGACUGGGGGGUCCACAGCCUUCCUGACUUCAUCCCAGAGUCGCCUGCAGGCUUUCUCCCUCUGCUGUGUGGUGCUGGGGGUGGUCAUGCUCAUCCUUGGGUUAUUUUGGGCUAUGAACAGCAAAAGUGCUGCUAAUUACAACCACAGCGAGUACGACCAAGAGUGCCCGCAUUAUUCGUACGAGUACACCAACUACCCCGGCCAAGCCUACUUCACUUCCCCAGGGAAUCGGUUCCCAGAGUCCCAGUCAGUGUUUCUGCCCAGGACGAUGGAGCGCCACAGGCAUGCUGCUCGAGGUGAAGAUUUCGACUACCCCCCAAUGAUUAUGGAAUCUGGUGGUUUCAGUCCAACGCCUCAUCCUCCUCCAUGGCUGGGACCCCCACCUCCAUAUGAGGUUGCCAUCAAGACAACAUGUAGCUCUACACACCUGCGGCGUGCAUACUCAGACACACACCUGGCAUCAGAGCCCCUGUUUGGACAAUCAAGAGAGAUCAGCUUUGAGGUGUGAUGCCUGGGGACCCUGCUCAGACUAUACUGUAGUUUUCUUUUCAUAGUAACAAACUUUUUCACUCACUUGAAGCAUGGGUCUUUCUUGGUCUUAGCAUGCUUUCUGCAAGUUUCCUGUAAUUUAAAUUAUGUGAUGAUGCUACGGUUAAAUGCAUUAAGAGUAUAUGUAAAAGGGGCUGAAGGGAUGCCACACACUGGUUUGCAAAGUCCCAUUUUGAAGCCUCAACUUCAGCACAAUAAGCACAGAUAAUUUGCUUAAAAUGCUCCAAAAGGCACAAAACCACAUAGAGAGAUUUAGAUCAAUUGAGUGACUUGAAUUAUCAGAGCUGAAGCCAAACACCAAAGCGCCAUCUGCUCACCCCCACCCGCAAUAAUAAUGAUAACUUUAAGCCUUAACAUGUACAGCUGAUAUAAAGGUGAGAUUUAGAGAUGAAGAUCAAAACCAUCUGCUCUACCACGAUGAAAACAUAUUUACUUUUUCCUCUCAUGUUCUCAUUUUUCAUCAACGAGCAUUUCAACAUGGGGACCCCUCAGGUUUGGAGCCAGCCUUAUGUAGUCUUUAAAUGAACUUCCAUGUGGCUUCAUUUUUCAACCCAUGGUGUUGCCACUUGGU